AUGAACGACCUCAAAAUUCGCCUUCAGCAGUGGACGGAAGAUGAAGCGAAAGCUAAUGAAGGCUUUUAUACCGCCCUGAGGGGGGUUUGGGAUACUAUGGUUCCUUGGUACAAGCUCGAAGAGCCAUAUUCGGAAGCUGGUGCCCAGACUUUCCGAAACAUGAUGAAGUUUGGAGGCGGUGGAUGGCCUGCGCGCAAACGGCUCGACGACAUUGCCGAGAAUAUACCCGUUGCGUCUCGUUCUGGUGCACAAGGUCUCUACCUACGUGUCUUCAAACCAGCUACAAACAAUGGGCAACCACCUAAAGGUGUCUAUCUACAUUUUCAUGGAGGUGGCUGGACUGUUGGUUCGGCCGACGUCGAGGAUGAGAUACUGUACCGCAUAGCAUGCAACACAGGCUAUACUGUCGCUAGUAUGGAGUAUCGACUGGCCCCGAAAAAUCCAUACCCGGCUCCGAUUGAGGACUGCAUGGAUGCUGCGCUGUACCUCCUGAGCCCCGAAGUUGAGGCAAGUAUGGGACCACUGCGAGUCAUUGGAGGCGAAUCCGCUGGCGCUCAUCUGACGAUGGUCACUGUGUUCGGUCUGCGUACCAAUGGCGUUAACGUCAGGUCGCAGCUGGAUGCAAUCGUUCUCAAUUAUGGAUGCUACGAUAUGGAUCAGACCCCAUCGGUCCGUGCUUUUACGGACAAUCUAGUCUUGAGUCGCACAGAUAUGGUGAACUUUGGAAAUGCGUGGCUCAGCAAUGUCAAAGACCGGCAGGUGGCAGAGAUCUCUCCACUCUAUCAAGCUGAUUGGAAGAAUCUGCCCCCAGCGAUAUUCGUGGUAGGAAGUGACGAUUGUUUGUACGAUGACACCCUUUUCGCCGCCAUCAAGUGGCACAUGGGCGGCAACGAUACACAGCUCUCCGUCUUUCCCAAUUCGAAGCAUGGAUUUUGCAGACUAAACGGACCGGAUUGCAACGCUGGGCUGGCUGAGAGUGAGACUUUCGUGAACGACCGCAGUCGCGAGUAAGAGACAAGGGUGAGGAUGCCUUAUCUAGUUUCCAGUUAU